CCCUCAGACUGGAAAACUGUCAUGACACGCUUUAAUCCUAUUAAAGACUUGCCUGACCUGACGGGCAAAGUCGCAAUUGUCACAGGUGCAACGUCGGGUAUUGGAUAUGCUGUUACACAAGGCCUACUGCGCAAGGGCGCAACCGUCUAUCUUGCUGCAAGAAACGAGAAUAAAGCCACGGCAACUAUUUCUCGUUUGCAGGCUGAAGGUCUCGGUCCUGGGAACGGGAGACCUGUAUUUCAUAAGGCCGUCUUUGACGAUCCCAGGGACGCAAAGAAAUCUGCGGAAGAGUUUUUAAAUCGAGAAUCCAGACUCGAUAUUCUAGUAAACAAUACAUCACGGUUGAUAGUACCAUAUGAUCGUGAUCCAAUUGGGUUGCCGCUUUCAGUUGCAGUCAAUCACCUUUCACCGUUUGUGUUCACCAAUACCCACCUACCACUGCUGAAGCGGACUGCCUUACUCCCUGACUCGGACGUGCGCAUCGUCAACGUUACUUCAGACGCUCAUGCCUUAGUCUCGAAUAUCCGACUAAAGGACAAGGACGACUUUUAUUUCCCGAAAGUAGUCGAUAAAGGACUUGAUAGUCAACGCAAGCAUUACGGUUUCACAAAGCUGUUGAACAUACUUUGGACUCGCGAGCUUGCGCGUCGUCUUGCGGCUUCUCCCACUGGCAACGAUGGAGGAUCCAACAUCCUGUGCCUCAGCGUUCAUCCUGGUUGGAUCAUAACGGAGGGGAUUCUCGAUUUCGCAAACCGUUUUUCUUGGCCGUUAUCUUCUUUAUAUAAGCUCAUAAUCCGUCUCGUGCAUAGACCGCCAGAACAGGGUGCGAACGCUGUGCUCAUUCCUGCAGCGGCACAAGCGAUACGGGACGAGGCGAGUAAGUAUCAUGGACAGUAUCUGGUACCUUAUGGCAAAUUAGGUCCAGCGUCGAAGGACGCGCGGGAUGAUUCUCUUGCAAAGGAUUUGUGGGAUCUGACGGAACGUGUUUUAAUUGAGUACGGCUUGUAGGUACGGGACGUUGUCAAGUGCACAUGGGACAUAGUUUCGGGUAGCGUUUGAGAGGCACAUAGUGUAUUGAGCUAAUCACGUUUG